AUGGGUGACGAGGAGGUUGCCGCGCUGGUGGUGGACAACGGCAGCGGUAUGUGCAAGGCUGGCUUUGCCGGGGACGAUGCCCCCCGAGCGGUCUUCCCUUCCAUCGUGGGACGCCCGAAGAUGCCGGGCAUCAUGGUGGGCAUGGACCAGAAGGAUUCCUACGUGGGUGAUGAGGCACAGUCCAAGAGAGGUGUGCUCACGCUGAAGUACCCCAUCGAGCACGGCAUCGUCACGAACUGGGACGACAUGGCGGCAAGACUGGGAGUUUGCUAG